AUGGCCUCCGAUUUCUCGGCUCUCGCUCCGCUCGUUCAGCAAAUACUUUCUGCUCCUGGGACAGACUUGCGCACGAUUAGCGCAAAGCGCGUCAGGCGGGAACUGUUGGCAUUGGAUCCGUCGCUUACACCCGAAUUCCUGAAAGAACACAAGAGGGAGGUGGAUGAUGUUAUAACGAGAGUGUUUGGUCAAGUUAGUGGUGGGAAUGAGGAUCAAGAAGCCGAGUCACACCGAAGUCAGUCUCCCUAUGAAGAGGAACUGGAAGAACACGUCAAGGAUGAGGAGGAAGCUGGUGAUGCAGACGACAAGGAAGUCAACAAGCCCAAAAAAGGUCGAAAAGGGAAGAAGAAUGGCAAGGAGAUGAGCGACGCAGAGCUUGCGCGACAAUUGUCCAGCGAAAUCAACGGUCGCUCAAGGCGAAGCGGUGUAGGGAAAGGUAGCGGCCGCGGGUCCUCUAAUAGUACUCCGAAGAAAGGAAAACGCAAGAGCGCUGCAACAGUCGAUUCUGAAGAUGACAGUGGUGAGGGGGGCGGUAAGAAGAAGAAGAAGAAAAAGUCCGGUAGUUCCAAUACUCCUGCGAAGGGGGGUUUCGCAAAAGAGUACUUGCUCAGUGCACCUUUGGCUACUCUUCUUCAGGUAGAAAAGCUCUCACGUCCGCAGGUGGUGAAACAGCUUUGGGUGUAUAUUAAGGGGAAUGAAUGUCAGAAUCCGCAAAACAAACGGGAAAUAAUAUGUGACGACAGUCUCAAGGCCGUCUUCAACACCGAUAAGAUCGACAUGUUCAAAAUGAAUAAGGUGUUGGGCUCACAUCUACACGAGAACGAGGGAUAG